ACAAUUUGAUUCGGAGAAAAAAAAAGCCAAGAAGUGUCCAUUCUUUCAAAUCAAAGUGGGCAUCGACGAUCCCUAGUCUCCAGCUUGCCCUCUUAUCGCUUUCAUCGUCUUAGCAAAUUCGUUGUUUCUGAGAAGCCUCUCAAAGGUCUCCGAGCUCCAGAAGUGCGUUCAAGUGUCCCAGAUUGGUAGUAUGCAUGUUUUUAUUCAGACGCAGAGCCUUUUUCAGAAUUAUGAAUAUUCAUGGCCUCCAAAGCCAUUUUUGCUCUGUUCCUUCUUCAACUCUGUUACCUGUUCAACUCCCAACUCGAAUGGAGAGUCAUUUGUGGUAUGUUUUACCUGAGGAGGUGAAGAGUGAAACCCUUUUGAAACGGUAUUUUGAGCUUCUCUCACCUUGUGAGAAGACAAAUGUGCUGCGAAUGCGCGGCGAUGAGCUCCGAAAGAGAGCCCUGCUGGCCCGUGCGUUGGUUCGGACUACCAUUGCUAGAUAUACAAACGAUAGAGUUGAUCCGAGGUCAUUGAACUUUAAAAAGAACGGUUAUGGGAAGCCUGAGGUAGACUGGCAAAUUGCAGAUCACUGGCAGCCACCUGCACUGCAAUUCAACAUCUCACACACUUCUUCCUUGAUAGCUUGUGGAGUAGCUGUUGAUUCACCAAUCGGUAUCGAUGUGGAAGAGAAACAGCGAAAGUUGAAGCACCAUAUUCUAGCUUUUGCCAAACGAUACUUCUCUACUCAUGAAGUGGAACAUUUAACUUCUAUCUCAGACAUUGAAGUUCAGCGGCAGCAGUUCCUUAAACUGUGGACUCUCAAGGAGGCAUAUGUGAAAGCAUUGGGGAGGGGCUUCUCUGCUUCACCUUUUAAGACCUUUACCAUUAGAUUGAAGGCUGCAGCUAGGAGAGGCAUUCCUCUAUCUGAGGAAUUGGAUUCUCAGAUAUCUGAAAUAAGUGUCGAGUCUCUUGGCUCUGAAGAUCUUACAAAGAACUGGCAGUUUUUGCCUCUAGAGUUGGCUGGUUCCCAUUAUGGUGCCAUUUGCAUGGAAAAACAUAACACUAUAGGAAAAGGAAAUGUUCCCAUAAAAUUGACAGCGCGAAGAACGAUCCCACUUGUUGAAGAUGAAUGUGUUAUAGGAACUGAUCCUGUUGUACCAAUAGGUGGAUUGACUUAUUGAUUGUUUAUAAGUGAUUCUAUCGUUCAUAUGAAAUCAUGCCAUAGACUAGCAAUUAAUAGACAAAUUCUUUCCUUCAUUGGUCAGUGUACCCA